UUACGUUCAGUCUCUUAGCCGACAGACGGCGGUACGGACGUAUUAUCGCGCGCGCGCUUCACGUUCUAGGAACUUUUGCCUUUGGCGUACUGGCAGAUUCCUCACAACAGUGUCUACUCUCAAAGAUGGCAGAUCAAUUUGUGUUGUAUUAUCAUGUGACGGUGAAAAGCUCUCGUUGAUAAGGCGGUACGUGCGUUAACUGUCGUAGAUUUUCUUCCUGUGGAAGGACCGCGUUCCACAAAGUCGAAAAUCGGCGCGAUGGCGGACAUGAAGAGUCCACCGUUCAGUGAUAUUAAGAGGCCGGAGGAGGUGGUGGCGAUGGCGAUGAACGACAGCUUGAAAUUCGCCGUCCUGAUUGGCCUGAUCGAAGUGGGACAGGUGUCUAAUCGGGAAGUUGUCAACACGGUGCUUCAUUUGGUCAAUAAUAUCGGCGUUUGGUUUUUUAAAAAUCCGAUUUUACCACCGAUUCCAGUCGAAUGGACGAAAAAUAAAAAGGGCAUAUAUAUCCUUCGCGCCCUCCCACCGUAGGAUUCCAUCCAUUAAUUAUUAAAUCUGAAAAAUAUGAUGGAAAUAAAAUGGCGUUCAUAUAAUAAAAAAAACUCGAAUUAUUUGUUAUUACGAAAUUCUAACAAUACAUUUUUUCAAUUCAUUUCCUCGCGAUAUUGUCGAGUAAAAACGUGAAUGAUAUUUUUUAAGUUUGCAAUAUCGGAAUAUGUAAAAUAAAAUAUAAAAAAAAAAAAAAAAAAAAAAAAAAAAAAAAAAAAAAAAAAGAAAAUAA